GGCAAUGAGGGCGUGCGCAGGCGCAAUACGGUGCGAUCGCACUGCGCAAGCGCCCCCGGGGCGUGGCGCGAUGGGAGGACUGUUGACGGAGGCGCAAUGGCUGCUCGCGAGUGUCAGGGAAGCGGUUUCCUUCAGAGUCCGGCCUCGUGACGCCGCCAGUGGGCGGGGCCCCCCGGGCUGUCGCCGCCGCUGUCAUGUAUCCGCCGUCGCUGCAGCCGCCGCCGCAUCGGGACUUCAUCUCGGUGACGCUGAGCCUCGGCGAGAGCUACGACAACAGCAAAGGCUGGCGGCGGCGCUCGUGCUGGAGGAAAUGGAAACAGCUGUCGCGAUUACAGAGGAACGUCCUCCUCACCCUCCUUGCCUUUCUGAUUAUCUGUGGACUCCUGUCCUACAUGAAUACGACCCACCACUGGAAAGCCCUGAGUGGCAGGUCGUCCGAAAAGCAGAAGGCGCGACCAGACAUCCCUGGACUGAAACCAGUAAACCCACCUGUCUUACCGGCUCCUCAGACGGCAGGUGCCGCCCAAGGCCUCCCGGAGAUUCCCCCUCAGAAACCUCGGAAGCAUUCCCGACGGGGACCUCCCAGCCUGCAGAUCAGAGCCCCUGAUAAAGACGUGAAAGACAGGAUUCAGGACCGGGUGGAGCAGGAGCAAGAGGAGCCAGGCAACGCACACAAGGAGAACUCGCAGAGAACCGUCAUCAGCUGGAGAGGAGCUGUCAUUGAGCAUGAGCAGGGCACUGAGUCCCCAUCCAGAAGAGCAGACGUCCCCACCAACCGGCCGGGCCCAGAAUCCAGGACUCAGAAAGCGUCAGCUCCCCUGAACAAACGCCAGAAGGCUGUGGUGGAAGCCUUCCGCCAUGCGUGGAAGGGCUAUCGCAAGUACGCGUGGGGCCACGACGAGCUGAGGCCCCUGUCCAAGUCCUUCGGCGAGUGGUUCGGCCUCGGCCUCACCCUGGUCGACGCCCUGGACACUAUGUGGAUCCUGGGCCUGACGAAAGAGUUUGAAGAAGCCAGGAAGUGGGUGUCACAGAAGUUACAGUUCCAGAAAGACGUGGAUGUUAACCUGUUUGAGAGCACGAUCCGGAUCCUGGGGGCGCUGCUGAGCACUUACCAUCUGACAGGGGACAGCCUCUUCCUGGAGAAAGCCAAAGAUUUUGGAAAUCGGCUGUUGCCUGCAUUCAAGACUCCCUCCAAGAUUCCUUUCUCCGAUGUGAACAUUGGCACUGGCAUUGCCCACCCUCCCCGGUGGACCUCAGACAGCACGGUGGCUGAAGUGACCAGCAUUCAGCUGGAGUUCCGGGAGCUCUCCCGUCUCACAGGAAAUGAGAAAUUCCAGGAGGCCGUGGUGGAGGUGACGCGGCGUGUCCACUCGCUGUCCGGGAAGAAGGAUGGACUGGUGCCCAUGUUCAUCAACACCCACAGCGGCCACUUCACGCACCUGGGAGUGUACACACUGGGCGCCAGGGCGGACAGCUACUACGAGUACCUGCUGAAACAGUGGAUCCAGGGAGGAAAGAAGGAGACGCAGCUGCUGGAGGACUAUGUGGAGGCCAUCGAGGGCGUGAAGACGCACCUGCUGCGGAGCUCUGAGCCCAGCAAGCUCACCUUCGUCGGGGAGCUGGCCCAUGGCCGCUUCAGUGCCAAGAUGGACCACCUGGUGUGCUUCCUGCCGGGGACUCUGGCUCUGGGGGCCCACCAUGGGCUGCCGGCCGAGCACAUGGACCUGGCCAAGGCGCUGAUGGAGACCUGCUACCAGAUGAACCGCCAGAUGAAGACGGGGCUGAGUCCGGAGAUCGCCCACUUCAACAUGGUCCCCCAGGAGGGCCACCAGGACGUGGAGGUCAAGCCGGCGGACAGACACAACCUGCUGCGGCCGGAGACGGUGGAGAGCCUGUUCUACCUGCACCGCUGCACCGGGGACAGCAAGUACCGGGACUGGGGCUGGGAGAUCCUGCAGAGCUUCAACACCUACACGCGGGUCCCCACGGGCGGCUACUCCUCCAUCAACAACGUCCAGGAUCCCCAGAAUCCGGGCCCAAGGGACAAGAUGGAGAGCUUCUUUCUGGGGGAAACGCUGAAGUACCUGUUCCUGCUCUUCUCCGACGACGCAGACCUGCUCAGCCUGGAUACCUAUGUGUUUAACACUGAGGCCCACCCCCUGCCCAUCUGGACUCCCUCCUAGGGUUUGGGGACCCGGGCAGGAGCAGUGGACGGAGGCCGCCCAGGGUCUGGGCAUCCUCAACCUUAGCCGUGGGUCCUAGUGGCCACUGUGCCCGUCGGGCUCCAGGUUGGACUGGGACAGCCCAGUGGGCAGCCAGCCGGACGCCUUCAGGACCUGACAGCCGCCUCAGGGCAGUGGCUCUGGACUGAUUCCCACUUGUGCCUCCCAGUCAGGAGCCGUCAGGACCAUGUCAGAGUAAACAUCGCGGGUGUGUGAGCCAGGUGGCCCAGACCACCACAAUCUCCUUCCUCGAGACCACUCUAAUCAUGAUUGUGAUUCCAGGGCCGGCACUUCCUGCCUGUGCUGGGCCCGGGCCUCUUGGCGUCCCCUUCAGAGAGGAGCUGAUUGCCCGGCUUGGGACACGGCUGGGCUCAGGGUCACCCAGCCCGUGAACGUCCCAGGCCCAGGGGGCUUGUGGUGGUGGCAGCUGCUCCCCAUGGGGACAUCGGGCUCAGGGCCGGCUCUCGUGUUUACACGUUGGACUCAGGGAUUCCAGCCACCCUGCAGGGGCUCGGAGGGCCGGAUGACAAGUUCAUCCUGCUUCCAGCCGCCCGGUGGAGUGGGGCUUUUAAAAUUAGGAUAAACAUUGAUUUUGCUCUCA